GGAACAAUUCGGCCUGCGAGGAUGACCAUCGAUGUCCAAUCAUCGAACCUCGACCUGAUUUUAAGAUACCAACGUGUUCAGCAGGCCUGAGCAGUACGUCUAUAGGAUGCUGGAGAAAUGGUUGGGUUGUUGUCAUGUCAAUCACAUCUGGAGUCCGACGGACGUUUGUUAAGGGUUGUUUGAAAUACCUUAAAAAAAUGUGUCACAAAGCUAAUCCUUGCAUUUUGCAAUUACGCUCUCCUGCCUGUAAUCGUCUGGCUCCACACAUAUCAGAAUAUUCCAUAGAAUAUGCUUGUGUUGAUGCUACACCACCAGGUAAGCCUGUAAUAGAAGGCUUCAAUCCAGAGAUUCCAUUGUUAGAAAACGAGCGACUGCUCGUGUCAUGCAACUGGUCCGGAGGGUUUCCGUCAGCCCUAGUGCGGCUCUCCUGCGGUGCGACAAUCAGCAUUGGAGUUUCUGUAACCAUGCUCGCGAUAGAUGUCAAGCGGGAUUUGAAUGAUUUUCAGUGUAUUUGUGAAGGGCUUCAUCCAGGAAUUAGUAAAAACACAUCACAGUCGAUGACUGUUUAUUAUCCCCCUGCCACACCCAAAGUGUUCCCCUCAACAGUAUUUCCUUGGUUUGAGAACCAAACCGAACAGAUAAUUUGCCGAUCUGACCCCGAAGGCAAUCCCCCUCCAACGACAUAUGAAUGGUUUCCAACCGAUGGAAGCAGUAUGCAGGAUACAAAUAGCGACGCAGAUGGUCAUUUGACGUUCCACCAAGUCAACAGGAAACACAACUUACAAGAGUUCUAUUGUGUAGCAACAAACCAAUUCACACAAAUGACCGAGAAAUUAGUCAAAUCAAAAGAGAUCACCGUCCACGUUACUUAUCCUCCAAUUGGACGUCCGGAAAUGAAAGUUAUAGGCCCAAACGAAUCUUUAUAUGGUAACGAAACACUGACUGUAAUAUGUGCAUGGAAAGGUGGAAAUCCGGAAGCUAAUCUGCAACUAACAUGUGGCAGUCUUAAUUACAUGGGUGUUUCGGAAGUAUCUGUUUUACUGGAGUUUAGCAAACACCUGAACAUUUCAUCAUGCACUUGUAAUGGUACACAUCCUCUAAAGCAGAUUGUCAAUACGCGCAACGUCAGCUUCAACUAUAUUCCACGUGGUAAAAUCCUAAUAGAAGGGUUUGAAACGGACAGACCAGAAACUGAAAAUACUACAUUAACAGUAGCAUGUAGCUGGAUUGGAUCCCAACCAGCUCCAAGAGUACAACUCACAUGUGGUGGUGUGAACAGCUCAGGCAAACAAGCAUGUGCAUUAUUUUUCUUUCUCACUCGACAUUUGCACGGAACGGACUGUGUAUGCACUGCCAUGUUUCACAAAUGGAAGAAGACGGUUACCAAACAGUUAAAUAUCUAUUAUACGCCAGGAAGUCCAAAGAUCACAUCUCAGAGCAGCUUACCGUGGAUUGCAGGAGAUGUGCAAACGCUUACAUGUCACGCAAGACCUGGAAAUCCUCCAGACACACAAUACAAAUGGCUCUCAGAAUCGGGAUAUUUAAUACACAAAGGAGAAACACUGACAUUUGAUCCAGUGACUCGCAUGGAACACCGAAGGACUGUAAUAUGUCAAGCUGAAAACAAAUUAUCUCACACAGUCAUUGGACGUCCCAAGACAGCCUCCGUACGACUAGAGGUGAAAUACCCGCCUGGUCAGCCAAUGAUCAGCAGCAGCCAUGACUUCCCUUGGCUUGAAGGCAGUGACCAGUCCCUGUACUGUGAAGCGAAACCUGGUAACCCUCCCUAUGUGUUCUACAAGUGGUUUUCAGCCAACAGAGGACUGAUCCAUACAGGAUCCGUGCUGAGGUUCCACCCUGUCAGUCGCUCCAACCAUUCCGAUCGGCUGGCAUGCAGGGCAGAGAACACAUUCACAGUUAUGCAACAUGGCAAACACAUAACACAAAGUGUUAUAGUGUUAGUUGAAUACCGUCCGGCAAUUGAACUGACAGAAAAUUCCACUGUCAGUGAAAGUCAAGACAUUACGCUCCAAUGUUCAGCCGAAGGUAACCCAAGUCCGCAAGUAUCCUUGCAAUUUGGAGAAGUUUUACAAAACGACAGCCAUACAUUUGAGAAUAGUCCUAUGAUUCUGGAACUGAAGAAUAUAAGCAGGAAUGAAGCAGGGCAGUACACUUGCACUGCAAAAUCAGAAUCACAUGUAUACGGUGCACUGAUAUCACAGAAAUCAAUGAACCUUGUUGUUCAAUAUCCUCCAGACGUGCAAGUGGUAACGCCACCAAAUGCCACUGAAGGAACUCAAGUAAAUUUGACGUGCGUCGCUGAUGGAGAACCUAAUAGAUAUACAUACAGGUGGCAGCACAAGUGGGGUGAAAUUAUCCUACAAGAGUUCGACAACGUUGAGACAAGCUCAGAACCAGCUGUGUUAACUUUAGAAAAUGUAACAUUUGAAGAUGGCGGCACUUAUAGAUGCUUAGUUGAAAAUGGUAUUCCAGAUAGAAAUGGCAAUAUUAUGAAAUCAGGUUCAGCUGAAUUUAUCAUACAAGCUAAACCCGUUUUCGAGAUAGAUGCCAUAUCAAAUGUUUCUAUUGAAUAUGGUGGCAAUCUGAGUAUAUCUGUUAGCUUUUAUUCAUUCCCAGUCUAUAGCGAAAUGUCCUGGUCUUUCGAUGACUCGAUAACAUCUGAGCCAGACAUUAGUACAGAAAUACAACCGACAAUAGUGUUACUCUCAACAUAUGGCAGAGAAGUGACAGCCGAGGGACAUGCUGUUAUAUUCACAAUAACUGACCUGAGAGAAACAGAAGUCCGUACACUUAAUUUGAAUAUUAGCAACUCAGUUGGAACCAGUAGUCAUCAAAUCACAAUAAUUCCUGCAGGUCCACCAUUAGAACCAAUGGAUUUCACAGUUGUAAAUAUAACUCAUACAAGCAUCACAGUAAAAUGGACUCCAGCAUUUAAUGGAGGUUAUGAACAGCUGUUUUAUUUGUCCCACCGACCUAUUUCAUACGAUGGUGAAUGGAUAGAAACAAUCCACGCAGACCAAGGAAAUGGCAAUGAUAUCUUCGUAACUAUCAAUAACCUGAAACGUGGCGCUAAAUACGCUUUCUCGUUGCACACUGAAAACACACGCCCUGGCGAACGCAACAGAAGUCAAACUCUGAAGUUUACUACCAAAACUGAAGAAAUCCAAACAGUGAGAAUAUCACCAUCAUCAAUUACUACUGGAACAGCGUUAGGUUUUAUAAUCGGUGGAAUGAUAGCAGCUGCUUUAGUCAUCACUGCCUGUUUCCUGAUUGGCCGGAUUGCAUGCCGAGGAUCAAAUAGAAAUGAUUCCAUCCACAAGACAGACUCGUUCAUAUACGAAGACAUCGACGACAGCCACACAAGCCCAGUGUCAGAGCUUCGAACUAGCCUCGGUGAACAAUGCGACCACUACCACAAUGACAACAUCAAUACCUCCCCCUCACAUACACACGCCCAGUAAGUAUUGUACUCAAUCAUAGACUGAAGCGCAUUAUGAUUUAUUCAUUCUCUGUUGCAUCUUUAUUCUUUAUUCAUUA